AUGAGCUGGAUAACUAUCUACAAGGUGACGUCACCUCGACUCAAACGAGCUGAUCCAGAGUCUGCUCCCCCCGCCCUCACCCGCCUCCCCCCGCCCUCACCCGCCCUCACCGCGCUCCCCCCCCGCCCUCAACACCGGCCCGCCCUCACCCGCCUCCCCCCGCCCCUCACCCGCCCUCACCCGCCUCCCCCCGCCCUCACGCCCGCCUCCCCCCGCCCUCACCCGCCUCCCCCCACCCUCACCCGCCCUCACCCGCCUCCCCCCGCCCUCACCCGCCUCCCCCCGCCCUCUCACCCGCCUCCCCCCGCCCUCACCCGCCUCCCCCCGCCCUCACCCGCCUCCCCCCGCCCUCACCCGCCUCCCCCCGCCCUCACCCGCCUCCCCCCGCCCUCACCCUCCUCCCCCCGCCCUCACCCGCCCUCACCCGCCUCCCCCCCGCCCUCACCCGCCCUCACCCGCCCUCACCCGCCCUCACCCGCCUCCCCCCGCCCUCACCCGCCCUCCACUCACCCGCCUCCCCCCGCCCUCACCCGCCCUCACCCGCCUCCCCCCGCCCUCACCCGCCCUCACCCGCCUCCCCCCCCCCCGCCCUCACCCGCCUCCCCCCGCCCUCACCCGCCUCCCCCCGCCCUCACCCGCCUCCCCCCGCCCGCACGCUGA